CGCGGAGGCCGAGGAAUAUACGCUGGCGGGGCUCGGGAGAUUUUUCGAUGGGCUGAGAUUCGCGAGGAUUGCCGCACCUGUUGUUUUAGUCUCCUCGUGAAAUCUCCGUGAAUUAGCAUUUUGGAGUAAACAAGUUUUAUUUUACUCUCCGUCUCGUCGAAUGAGAACUCGAGGCUUUGAAAUUGUCGAGGAAGCUACGAACGGUUUUUGAUUAUUUUGCUUAAUUCAACUACGAGUUUAUUGUUUAUUCAGCUACAGCACAUAGCAAUUGAACAAACAAUUUGAUCGCUGAAUCGGAUUCUUGGAAUUAAUUCAGGGGCCUUAAUUACCGUAGUUUCGUCUAUAAGAUCGAAGCAUCGUUUCGAAAAGCAGAUCAAUUGCAUUUUUUACUGCGUGUGCGAUCACAGUUUGGUACACGAUGGCCAGGGCAAGUAAUUAAAAUUUUUGAAUACUUUGGCAACGCCGCGAGCUGAUCACAUGACCUUUACUUUUUGCGGUUACGGCGCGAUACUGCAGAUGGCGCCAAAAGUCGAUUCCCGUAAAAUGUAUCUACUGCUACUCCUCGUUCGCGAACCGUAGGUGUGCUGCUCGAUUAUCGAGGUUAUGAGAAACGUUUGUUUGUCAUCAGUUUUAUGAUAACUUUAAAAGUUUAUUAUAACAUUACUUGUGUCACUGUGAUUUGUUGAAUAAAAAAUCAGCCAAAAUGAGGUUCGACAUUUUAAAACUUAUCGGUGAACACUCCAAGAGAUAUGCUAAUUUGCCCGACAGUUUCAUCAAACGAAAGAUGGAAAGGAUAUUCUGGAAAACGCCUGGUUGGCCAAAAUAUCUCCCCAAAACACAUCAGAAGAAAAGAUUUCGUUUUGGUUUGUAUCGUCCAUGGACAAAUGAAUUCAGGAUGGAGAAUCCAGCGCAUGAAAUCCCGAAAUAUGAACACGUAGAGCCAAUCAAAAAUUGGUCAUUUUUUCGUGGCGACAGAGUAGAAAUUAUGACUGGCCCUGACAAGGGUAAACAAGGCAUCGUUAAGGUCAUCUAUCAAGAAAAGAACUGGGUUAUUGUAGAAGGUUUAAACACUGUGCUAGAAAUGAUAGGGAAAGAAAAGGGUUUCCCUGGAGUUCCAAUUUGCAAGGAGAUGCCACUGUUAGUUACAGAAGAUGUGCAGCACGUUGAUCCCUUGGAUCUCAAACCUGCUAAGAUCGAAUGGAGGUACACAGAAGAGGGUGAAAAGGUUCGAGUUUCUAUGAGAACUGGAAGAAUAAUUCCAAUCCCUCCAUCCCACUAUGAAACUAUUGAUUACAAAACCCCUGCAUCUUACAUCGAAGGAGAAAAAGAUACUAAUAAAGUAGUGGUUGAAGAAGUAACUUUCAAACCACUCUUAAAAACGUUUGAAAUGGAUUUAAUGGAUAAAUUGAAUAUAAAGGAAGAUCGUGUGCAAAAACCAACAUAUUGGUACUAGUGAAAAUGACUCAUUGUGUUAUUACUGCAUCAAAGCUAAAAAUACAUUUUGUAAAUAGAAGUUAACUUUAUAAUAAAAUAUAUCUUAGUAUAUUCGAAUUCAGUCGUGUAAAUAAUUUCAAUACAAGUAACUGAAAAUAUAAUCAGGGUAAAUGUAGUUGAAUACAAUGUCAUUUAUUGUUACCAGAGGCUACAUCUGAAAAGUAUUUUGUUUUACAAAUCAACAACAUGUAGAAAACAAUUAGUAUAUAAGAAAGCAUACAUAACAGCUUGACACUGAGCGCAAUAAUAAUAUAGUAUACAUGAUAUAAAUCGCAGCUUAUUAAUUAUGUUAGCUCAUAAAGUAAAUCAACUAACGGGUUAUUUAGAAGUCAACAGUGCAAUCGUUAAACGUCACGCUGAAUAAUUAUCCACUCAUACACACUUAUCACAGCACGAUUUUCAACAAAACAAGCAAAUUAAAAAAAAAAUAAUUAAACAGACGUUUUAAAUUUAAAUAAUCCAAUAAUAAUAUAAUUUCUAAUACUAUCAACAUUUUUAUAUUAAACUAUGCCCUGGCGCUCGGUACACGUUAUACUGUUUUUUUCCGAGGGCCAGGCUAUUUACUUUGAACAGUCAUACAGUACACUCACACGUUUUACGUACAAUUGUUUUUUUUUCACUAACUAUGUACACAAAGGCUUGCUACUAAGAGCGAAAUGUUAGUACGGAGAGUAAUUAUUGUUCAGCGAUUAGCAUUGUUGUUUACUUUUCGAAGGCACUUUUUCGAGAGGAUCAAUCGCGAGGAAUUUCGUUGGAUAAAAAAAAAGUACUCUAUGCUUUAUGGAAGUACGCAUCUUAUGAUUAUUGUCGGACAGCUACGUGAUCCUCUCGUU